ACGAAAUUUCAAAUAGAAAUUCAAACAGUUGAUAGGUCAUAUGUUUCACUAAACAUUUUGUGAUGGUCCACGUAUGAAACUAAUAAAAAAAGGGCAUAUUAGGUAUUUUGGGCGGACUAUUUUUUGUGAUCGUCCACGUAGAAAAGUCUCCCAUUGGAUUCCCCCAAAUCGGUUCCCGCAAUCCCUAACCCGUUUCUCCAUAUUUUCCGGCCACCCAACUUCGCCAUUGCCUACAGAUUUUGAAGCAUAAGAAAAGAAGCAUCCAGCAUUGACCUUUCCAACAAAUUGUCCUCAUAGUGUUACUUGGGUCCGACCUAUAGUAGAGGCGUCGGAAGCAUCUGCGCCAGGCAGACUACCUAUAGGGAUAUCUGAUACUUUUAAAGUCCAGGAACGAAUGCUUAUUAAGGAAUCAGUUAGCUGAUCUGUGAUUACAGGGUUCCAUCAUCUGGCUAUUAUCUGCUCGGGAAUGAAUUAAGUCACUUCACUCCAAAGUACUGGUGCAAUGGAAUUGAAUGCUAAUGAGACCACAGCAAGGCCAGUAAACUCUAGAAAGACGGAUAUCGGGGGUAAACCAUUCAUACUCAUCAUAUGUGGCAGCCUUGUCUACUACCACUGUGCCUAUCGGAAUUCCAGUCUCAUCUCUCUUGUCUCGGAUGUCUUUAUUGUACUCCUUUGUUCCCUCGCCAUUCUAGGCCUCCUCUUUCGCCAAAUGAACAUCUCGGUACCUGUGGAUCCGCUUGAGUGGCAGAUAUCUCAGGACGCUGCGAACAGGUUUUUUGCCUGCCUCGCCAAUACUAUUGGUGCUGCUGAGUCUGUUCUUCGGGUUGCUGCUACUGGUCAUGAUAAGCGCUUGUUCUUUAAGGUUGUGGUUGCUCUGUAUGUGCUAUCAGCUCUUGGAAGGAUAGCCUCGGGUGUUACCAUUGCCUAUGCUGGACUCUGCUUUCUUUGCCUUUAUAUGCUUUCUGAGAACUUGCAAUUGAUUAGCUCUAGAUAUACAAUGAGACGGGACUGCACGAACACAGUUCAGGACGACUAAAUUGAGUUGAUCUGUUUCAAAAUUGAAAGGGACGAAGGAAGGAGUUGAUGCAUUGUUUGCAACUCUUGCUUCCAGUUUUACCAGGUUCAUCGUGUGUUUUUGUCAUAUUAAUGUGAAUUCUCUUUGUACUCAUGUCUGCAGCCUAGUGAUUUCCUUACAUAUCCCUGUAAUAUAUUCCCAGUCCCAUGAUGAUAUAAGUUGUUAGCUCACUGUAUAAAAUGUAAACACUUGUGUUGUCAAUUGAAAGCUAAGUAUUUUCUUUUUAAACUAAA